UCGAUGAAAACGUGACAAUUACAAAGUGUCUGACACCGGUUGUAUCGAAUUGUUGUAUUUAUUUUUAGUAUAAUAAGGAUUUAUUCAUGGGAGUUGUCUGAACAAUCGUUUAUUGAUGCAUUGAAAUGGCUGCAAGUGGUGGUGGAUUACCAAUAACCGUAGAAUUUGGAGGAGGAGCUGAACUUCUUUUUGACAAAAAGAAAAAACAUGAAGUGAAUUUACCUGGCGAUAAAGAAUGGACGUUACAAAAAUUACUAUACUGGAUUAAGGACAAUUUAUUGAAGGAGAGGGAAGAGCUGUUCCUCCAGGCAGACACAGUAAGACCAGGCAUCCUCGUUCUCGUAAACGACGCAGACUGGGAGCUAUUGGGACAGGGAGAGUACAAGCUGUGUCCUAAUGAUAAUGUACUAUUCAUCUCAACGCUCCACGGUGGUUAAGGAGUUUUUAAACGCAUUGUAAAGUGUGAAUACUUGUGGAAUGGAUGGUAGGUCGAUAGGUAGACCAAGUGGAGGCCAUAAAGUCGGGGAAUCGAUGAUAAUGAGGAGAAUUGCGUGGGAGAAAAUUUUUUCGAACAUAACAGAUAGUCAAAUCAAGUAUACAGGCGCAUUUCUGGUGUUUGUAUUCAAUGAGUCUUAUUUCACAAUGACUCAUAACUCAAACAAUUAUUCAAAUGACAAGGAAAAUGUGAAAAUUAUUGCACUCACGUCUGUUGAUAAACAAACAGACAGAGAUAAUAAAAUGUCCCAACCCUACGAUGGAACAUUCAGGAUAAGUUCUGCGUAAUGGCUAUAAUAUAACGGCUGACACUUUGGCACAAUGCCAACUGUUCCCUCGGUGUUAUUGCUGCAUUGCUCUCUCACUUCCGCUCUACCCCGUUCUCGCACAUCACUAUGGUUCACAGUUAACUUUCUUCCAUUUCUCUACUCUUUCAAGUGCCGCCUACUCCUUUCUCAUCUUUACCUCCAGCAAUUUUUGGUCUCGUUCUACCCAUAUUCCAAAACUGCUGGAGAAGCGUCACUUGGUUCUUUAGUACUUACUACGUGUUCAGCUUUACAUACAUUAAGUUACAAUUAAAUAUUGCGAACAACCCCGAGUUUUCAGGGUUUACAACGCACCUCAGCGGAACUACUGCCGUGUUUUUCAUCUCUCGGUUCUCAUCCUCAUUACCGGCAAUUCGAGUCAUUAAUUUUAUAAGAUAACAUGUAUUUUUUAAAGAAUGAAUAAAGGAGCUGGAAAAAAGUGAAGAUCGGUGUAGUACAGUUUUUUAUG